AUGCGGGAUCGAGACCGGUCGCCCUCGGACCGCUACAAUGACCGAGGCGCACAAUACAGCGACAACGAACGCCGCCGCGUAUCGGGCGAGACCCGAAACAACCAACCCCCCUUCCAGUCCAACCGCGACAGCUUCCGCGAUGCCAACGCGCGGGACCCACCACGCGGGCCGAAGUCGCUAGGCGACCUCCCUGGCGCGCCCCGUGGCGGCGGUUUUGGGGGCGACUUUCGAGGACGCGGCCGUGGAGCUGGCCCAGGCCGUGGAUGGAUGCGGGAGGACAGCCGCGAUAGUAAAGGUCCGCGCGACCGGGACGACUUCCGGGACCGGCGCGACCCGCCAUUUCGAGACGAUCGCAGUCGCGAACGCGACCGCGACUGGCGAGACCCCCCGUUUCGAGGACGAUGGAACUCGCCGCCUACCAUGGGUCGCGGCCCACGAUCACCACCAGGACGCGGAGAUCCGCCCGGUCGCGGCGACCCACCCGCGCGGGGUGACUCUCUUCGUGGCGACUCGCUUCGCGGUGACUCUGUCCGUGACUCUGUCCGCGACAACGUGCGUGAUAGCGUGCGUGACAACGUCCGUGGCGAUGCGCCUCUCCGCACAGAGGGAAGCAACCGCGAUCCACGCGAUUUGCACACCCCGUUGCGCGACGCACGCGACAUACUAAGCACACGCGACAUCCGCGAGAUCCCACUCGGGGGGUUGUCCGAUACCUCUGACCGGCCCAUGGGAAGGCGAGGGUCACGCGACGGACCACUGUCGGCUGGCUCGUCGUCGUCUGAUCCCAUCUUCAACUCAGCGCAGUCGUACCGUGGCUCCACGCCAGGUCGUGGUCGCCCGGCGCCUGGCCGAGGACGGCCCCAGGGUGACUGGGAACAGCGCGGACGCGGUGGCCGCGCUGGUAGUAUCUACGACGAUCGCGAUCGUUUCCCGCGCAGCCGGUCUCAGGAAGGCCGGUGGCCGCGCAACGACCGCGACGACCGCGACAGCUACCGCUACGGCCACGAUGACAGCCAACGUGCCCGCAACCGCGACGACCGCGACACGCGCGACUCGCGGGACAUGCGCGAUCGCGAUGGCCCAUGGCCAAAGCAGGACCGCAGCUCCCUCCCCCGCGAUACCAUCUCCCGCGAGCCUUUGCCGCGCGAUUCAGCUUCCCGCGACCCUCCCUCUCGUGAGCCGUCCGCUCGCGAACCUCCAAUCACCCGUGAUGCCGCGCAACCACCGGCAUCACCGCCACCGGUCGCCCCCUCGGCGCCUGCAUUUGGCUCGAUACCUGCGCGGCCGCCGUCCAUUGCUGAGGCAUCCACUGGAAAGCCAACAUCCGUGGCCACGCCCAAGACAGGAAGCGAUGAGAAACAGGCAAACUCGUCUACGACGCAGACGUCGGCACUCGCUUCGUCUUCGGAUACGUCGUCAACCGUCCCGGCAAAGCCACCUCCGACGAGCGGUGCCCCAACCGGCCCGCGUCUACAGCAGCCGCUGCCGCCCAAGCCCCAGCGCGCAUCAAGUGUGCAGUGGGUGAACCCGGGCAAGGAUGCAGCAGGGGCUGCGAAAUCUACCGGUGCUGAUUCACCCAAACCCGGCCUCUCGCCAAGUGCAGUGGCGGACCAACCACAAGACAAAGACACUGCGUCGACGUCGUCCAAGGUCGCCACAGAGAAGUCAAACAAGCGCCCGCGCCCUGAUGAGAACAGCGCGGCGCCUUCUUCCGAUGCACCGAUGCUCGACGCCGACCAAAGCGAGCCUGGCGAAAUCGCCGACGGUACUCCGGCCUCACGUCCAGCUGCGGAGAAGACGGCACGUUCGCCUCUCCCGACCCCCUCCAAUAUAUCCGAUACCAAGAGGCCAACGGGAAUAUUUGCCCGGAACGCCGCUCUUGCGCGAGACACUGCCGUCGCCAAAGCGUCACAGCCGAAGCAAACCAGCCCAGGGUCUAACAAGCAAGAGAAGGAGAAGGAAACAGAGCGAGACGAAACUGCCAAGGACAAGAAGCCACAGUCGAGCACACAGCCGCAGCCAAGGCCGCAAAACCCAUCCGAGACGAAGCCAUCCGAGUCCCCUAACCCAGCCAACACGCCAUUGCUGGCCGAGAAGAGUAAAGAGAGCAUCAAGGCGGGUGCGCUAGCCGUCAAACCGGAAGAGCCUGCGGCCAAGCCAGCACAACCAGCAGAGGUGAGCAAGGAUGCGCGGAAGGAUGUCGUCAGGGUACAGGAAAAGCAAGACCAAGAGAAGGACGGAGAGAAAGAAACGGACAAGGCGCAGAACAAGGAUGCCCCCGUCAAGUCAUCUCCGCUGCCUACUGUCUUGGCCCCUGCCUCUUCUGCUGCUUCGACCACGGUCCCGAAGGCGGAGCCCUCCAAAGUCGCGGUUGACCAAAACCCUGCGGUCGACGUCGACGCGCUGAUGGUGUCUGUCCGCCGCGGGUCGCUUGCCUCGACAGCUCCUGAUCGCACGUCCGACUCCGACGAAGAAGACAUGAACGACUACUUUGACGUCGAGAUUGAGAAGCACGAGGCGCAGCUCAAGAAGUUCCGCGCUCAGGCUGAAGCCAUCCCCAAAGAGGGUGUAGCCCGUGCUGCUCUGCUAGAAUCGUUUUUGGUCAAAGACAUGCUCGAAGCGAACAUUGGGCUGCUGGAUGUCGUUGGGACGGUUCCGGAGGACACCCUCGCCGCCUGGCGGAAGGCCGACCAGGCGUCGAAGAAGAUUAAGGAGGAACCGGCAGUCUCAGCUCUUCCCACCGCCACGCUUGCCGGUGCCUCGCCGACGGCAGCAGGCAAACCCGCUUCCGAUUCAACUGCCGCAAAACCGCCAAAGGCGCCGGCGACCGGCUCCGAAUCGGCUGCGGACAAGAUGGACGUCGACAAUGCUCCUGUGACUGCAUCGUCAAUGGCCGCCAGUAAACCUCCGAUUCUGUCUCCUACCGCCACCACAUCACCCACGGCGAGGGCCAAGUCGCCAAUCAAGACGGAGAAAAAGCCCGCGGUCAACGCUGCGGAAAAUAGUGCCAGUGCCGUUCCCACACCUGUUUUGCCGACACAGAGCCCGAUCCCAGCAGCAUCAACCGACGGCCUACCGACCAGCAACGGGGUGCAGCCCCAGCUGCAGUCAUCGGCCGACUCGCCCCCGGGUCUCGAGCAAGCCCGCCCAUCGAGCCCAUCACAACCCGAGGAGGACGAGGACGCUACCGAUGUGGACGAAGUCGACCUGUCGUACCCCGACGUGGCGCGGUUUUAUAUGAAGACGCCGCCCCUGGAGGACCUGCCCGACUACAGCUGUUCGCCAUGGUACGAAAACCGGGCAGCCCUCGACGAAAACGACACCACGCCCGACAUGGACGACUUUGUUCUCAAGCACAUGCGGCAGCUCGAUCUCGUCAAGACCGAAGAGCAACAACAACAGAGGAAUCAAUACCACGACAACUAUGUCAAGUACCUGCAGUUUACAGAGUCGGACGACAUUGUUGCCGUCAAGAGCCGGGAUAAGUACAUGGGCAUUCACGGCAUGGCCGAGAUCCCCGCGCCGGCCACACCGCCCGCGGAACCCGCGCGGCCCGAAGGUCGUGGCACCGGACGACGCUUUGCCACGGAACGAGACCUCGAACGUGUGCUUCAGGCCUCAAUGCGCGAAGAAGACGAGCGUAAGGAGCGCGAGCUUCGCGCACAAAACGAGCGCUACGCCAGCAACAAGGAGGCGACGAUCCCCGGCAUGUACUGGACAGACGAGGAACGGAUGGAGGCGCUGUUUAUCGACCGGUCUGGCUUCCUGCCACCCGAGAAGAUGGUCACGUCCUGGCAGGUCUUGCCACCCGUCAUCAACUUUACGCCCGAGGAAGUGGAGCUGUUCGAGAAGGCGUACCUCGAGUUUCCGAAGCAGUGGGGCCGCAUAGCCGAGGCGGUGCCGAACCGAGACUUCCAUGCCUGCAUUCAGUACUAUUACACGGUGAAGAAGGAACUGAAUCUCAAGGAAAAACUCAAGCGCCAGCCCAAGCGACGCAAGAAGGGCACGCGCGGCAAGCAGCGGUCGAGUGCGCUUGUCUCGGAGCUCGGCAACCCCGACGAAAACGAGGACUCGACGGCCAACGAGACGGGCGAAAACGGCGAACGGCGUCGGCCGCGACGCGCGGCUGCGCCGACAUGGGGCUUCGAGACCGCGUCCGCAUCCGCUGCCGAGUCGGACAGCGCAACGCCUGCGGCCACACCCGGCCGUCGCCGUGGUGGCGCAGACGGCACCGAGAAGCCCGACGGCCGCAGGAACCGGCGCCGCGCUCCCAAGGACAAGGACAAGGACAAGGAGGCCAAGGACGGCGUCAAGGAUGGCAAGGAUGGCAAAGACGCCAAGGACGCCAAGGACAGUCCAAAGGACAGCAAAGAGGGCAAAGAGGGCAAAGAGGGCAAGGAGGCCAAGGAGGCCAAGCAGCCCAAGACGCCGCAAAUCCUUGCACCCACACCGCCCGGCACGGCCGCCGGCUCGGGCAAGCCUGGACGCUCACGGUCCAACUCACGCGUCCAGGGCAGCCCACGGCCGCCAAGCGAGCAGAGCCAGCAGCCGCCGUCGCAGCUGCAGCAGUCGCUCAUGCCGCCGAAAGUACAGCAUCGCAAGGACGGCGCGCCGGCGACCAUCACACCGAUCCCGGCACCCAAUGCGCCACCCGCCCCGAGAAUGUCGCACUACUACGACGGCCCGCCGGGCACUCCUAACAGCGGCAUGCACCCUCCUCCUCUUGCAGCCGCGGCGCAGCCGGGCACAACGCCAUUGGGCACCGCAGAUUCGAAGACAGCGGGCGACGCGAGCAACGGCCGUCUCGGCUACGGCGCCAUGGUCGAAAAGGCCUUGACGCCGGCCGCGCAGAAUGGCGACAUGCUGGCACCUCCGUCCUUGCGGCCGGAGCAGCCGCCGCCGCCGCUGCAGAUUGGCCUCAGCAACUUUGACCCCAACGCGCAUACGAAGCCCUUCUACCGGCCCCCAAUCCCGCAGACGUCGAGCUACUGGAGCGUUUCCGAGUGCAACGACUUCCCGGCUCUUCUACGGUCAUUUGGCACGGACUGGUAUGCGAUUUCGGUGCAUAUGCAGUCCAAGACGCCCGUCAUGGUCAAAAACUACUAUCUUCGGCAGAAGAAUGAGAAGAAGGCAGAGUGGGAGGCGAUUGCCCACGAGGCCAACUUCAAGAAGCACCGAGGCGAAAAGAUGCCAUCGCCGCCGCCGCCGCCGCUCGUACCCCGGAAGAGAACGGACACGGGUGGUGUGUCGCGCAUCUACACCCCGCCCGGCUCCGCGGCUGGUAUUCCGGCCAGCAAGACGGGCGAUGCUGUCGACGACGCCAAGGUAGAGGGCGGUGCCGGACCGUCGCAGUUUGGGCGUCUGAUCCCGGCUGUGCCCAUCGCACAGGCACCACCGCCAGCACCCCCUCUGCCGUCCCAGUCAGGCGGCGGCGCAACCCACAACCCCCCACGACGUCUGCUGUUGCCUCGGCAGCGGGUGGUGCCGCAGCACAGGUACCACCCCAGGUGGCAGGCACAGGUGCCACCGCCCACUGUAGCGUACCAGCAGCACCAGCCGCACACACAGCACACACAGCACACACCACAGUCCAUCCUCAUGCCGCAGGGUGCGACGGCAGGUGGCCAAGCCAUGUCACCGACGGCGCGGCCAAUAAGAGGCCCGACGUCGGUCGUUCCGCCACCGUACGGUGCAGCCUACCACGACAGGGAUGCCGUGAACGAACAGCAGAUGCGCGCAGGAUCUGUGGGACCGCCACCGCCAGGCCCGCAGCAGACGCCUGUUGGUGCUUCGUCUGGCAGUGGCGGUGUGCGUAUGGCCCCAAAGCAGCCGCCCCCGCCUCCGCCGCCACCUCCACCACCACCCUCGUCUGCAGCCGUUACCGCCUCCUCAGCAGCAGCCCCGGAACCCCUCGGCCAGCCGCGACCCACGACGUCCUGGGCCGAUCCGACAAGCGACGCGGUCGACGCGCGCCUCAACUCGCUUGCCCAGCGCCAGCGCCAACAGCAACAGCAACAGCAACAGCAACAGCAACAGCAGCAGCAGCAGCAGCAGCAGCAGCAGCAGAUGCGGCCCGACGAUCCUGCGUCGUCUCGCCCGCCCGAGAGUUCUGUCUACGAUCCGUACGCGUCAUCCACGCCGGGCGGCCGUGCACCUCCUCAUUACCGCAGCAACGAACCCGGCCCGCCGCAGUCGAUGGGCGGCAGCCGUCCUGCUGACCCGAUGCGUGUUGCGCAUACGCCGCCGCAGCCGUACGGCCAGUCGCCAGCACCGAUUAUCCAGCAUCAGCAGCCAAGUCGCAGUCUGCUCACCGAGCCGGUGCACCCGCAAGUCAUGGGCGGCGGCGACCAGCGCCACAGUCGCCCGAUGCACAGCGGCAUGCACGACGUGUACUCCAGCAGCGUGCCGCCGCCGGCGUCGACACCUACGCCCACGCCUGCCGCGGCGAGCCGGCCAGCCAAGACGUCGAGCCUGAUGGCCCUGCUGAACGAUGACCCGCCCGCACCUAAGAGGGUAAGCGAUGUAUCGUCCAGCGCGCCACAGUCGUCGACACCGCCGCCGUCCAUGGUGGGUCGCAACCCGCCACCGCCACCGCCACCGCCGCCCACGCACCACGACCCUAGCAAUCCUGUGUACUCUCCGUACGGACGCAACCCGCCGCCGCCGCCGCCUCAGUCCCAGUCGUCCAUUCCUCCGCUGAAGCCGUACCCGCCUGCCGCGCACAACUCUCCUCAGGUCCACAGCAUGGCUGGCCCAGGCGCGCGGUCCAGUGUCUUGUCGCCCGUCGAAUCUGCUGCCGCCGCCGACCGCGACUACUACAGCCGACACCCGUACCAAUCGCAGCGGCCGCCUCCUCCGUCACAGAGCUAUCCGCAGCAGCCAUCGCAGCAGCCUGGUGGCUACGGUGUUGGAUACGGGUCGCAGCCCCCGCCGCCGCAUGCAGCCUCGCCAACACCGCAGUACCCUGGCCACCCUCCGCCGAGUCGCCGCGAUCCAGUGCCGCAAGGCAGAGACGGCGGCUGGUCGCAAGGUCCGCCGCCUGCACCCCACUCUCACCACUACGGAGCAGCCGGCGGCCCCUCCCAGGGUCCGCCUCCGACGACUUCAUGGGGCGCGCAACAGCAGCAGUCACAACAGCAGCCGCCGUCGCACCACCACCACCUCAGCAGUGGUGGUAUGCGGGACGAUCGCGGGUCCUACGCUCCCCAGGAUCCUCGGAUGCAGCCGCAACAGCAGCAGCAACAGCCGCCGCCGCCGCCGCCGCAACACGCGCACUCCCACUCCCAUUCGCACUCGCACUCGCUGAGCGGUCGCUACCAGCCAUCCCCGGUGCCGCGGUCCGUUGAACCGGCGCCACCUCCGUCGCAACAACAGUCCCCCUACGGACGGUACGGCGGCGGCCCACCAAGCGGUCCGGGCGGUCCGGGCGGCCCUGGCCAACCACCGCCGCCGUCGCGUGACCCGCGCGAUGCCGGUCGCUACACUCCUGUCGGCUACGACAGCCGGGGUCCGCCGCCGCCACCACCCAACGAUGGCCAAGGACCACCGCCGGGGCCGUACGACCCGCGCGACCCGCGCAACCGGCACCGGCCGCAGGACGACUACGGGCGGUACCGCUAA